AUGGCUGGGCUCGAUGAAGGACUGAUGGAUGGGGCUGCUGGUUUGUCUUCUUCGGAUCUUCUUGGUGAUGUUCCUGAUGAAGAUGUGAAUCUGUUAUUAGGUGAGCUGUGCAUCUCUGAACGUCAGGAGCAACCGAAACUAGAGGAACGGACCAUCAAGUUUCCUUCGUUGGCUUUGGAUCUUGUAAAAACUUUGGAGACUGCUGAUCUAAGGACUUGGAAGCGCCUAGUGGAAUUGUGUAGUGUCGUGAAAAAGGCCUUUUCGCCACGUUGA